GCUAACAGCAGUAAGCCACAUUUCACAUUUGUAUUCGCGCAUAAAAUCUUCACACUGUAUUAUUUACUUUCACAGGAUGAGGAUGAUGAUGAUGAUGAAGCAUUACCUCUCUCAGCGUUUGUGUUGCCAGACAGAAGUAAAUAUCAACCACAAUACACAUUUCCACUGCGUGAUGGUCCAUCCCAGAUGCCUCCGAGCCCAGAGACGUCUACUGCACUUCUGGACACACCCUUGGCAGAAAUGGAAGUAUUCAUUCCGGAACUGGUUGAAAAUCAUGCUGAGGAAAAGAACAAAUAUGACUAUAGGUUUCUCUGCCCUCAUGCUGGUCAGUUUAUGUGCAAAUUGACCAACCUUAUGUUUGAGAUGGAAGGGAAAGGGGAAGUGCUGUACAGAAUAGUGUCCUGGGACAGCUGUUUCUUGGAUGGGUUAGACCAAAUGGAGCCUGCAGGACCUUUGUACAGUAUUGACUGCCAUGAAGGUUCUAUCCGUCAUCUGCAUCUUCCACAUUGUGAGACCUGCUCAGAUGUGGUGGAAUUUACUGUGGCACAUGUGACUGAUGGUAAUGUGGAGAUAAUUCAGCCACUAAAAGUAACAAACACACACGUCAUCAUAGACAUUGAAGGUCUCUCCCUCUUCGGUGUCUUAAGAGCACUGCUAUAUAAAGGUUAUUCUAUCAAGGCCCAAGUUCUACUGUUCUAUAAAAAAAUAAUUGGGACGCACAAGAUGAGUAAACUGCACAUGCACCUUUUGCCACAGAAUGUGCCAGUUGAAGAGGUGCAGAAACGGCAUGAGUGCAACACGUACAUCGAGACAAGCUCCAAAUGUAAACUGACCCCUGGUAAAAAAUACCAGCCAUAUUGUACAAAUACUGACCACAAUUAUGUGUUCCAACCCAAGGUUGAGGAGUUUGAGCGUGACUAUGGCCCCAACUAUCACCCUACAUUUGAGGUGCUCUUUAAUAGUGAUGUUGAUAAAGUCACUUUAGGUCUUUUGGAUGAAAAUGACCAGGAGGUGUGGGAACCUCGUAUGGUCUUGCUUACAGGGUCUGAGGCAACCUCACCCAAAACAGAUACAACAGGUGCUGACUUUGUGGAUCAACACAGAGAAAAGCUCAUUCAGAGAGUUUCUUCAGUAAUGGAGAUAGCAGACUAUCUAAAAAGCAAGAACAUGAUUAGUGAUGAAAUGUACAAUGACAUUAAUGUAGGAUCAACACCGUAUAAGCAAAUGAGGCUCCUGUACAGAUCUCUCGAGUCAGGAGGAAGAGUUGUGAAAGCAGAAGUCUAUAAAAUCCUCAAGGAGAAAGAGCCUUUUUUAGUGGAUGAAUUGGAGUCUGGAUAAAGCCUGGUUUAGUGGACCUUGCACACAUUGUAAUUUUACUUAUUCUGUGUCUUGUAAUGCACAGUUCUAAAUGGAACUAUGAAUAUAGGACUGGUUUGAUCUCUUUUUAUGCUUAAUUUACAGUCUUUCAUAUAUUGCUUUUACGAUUUGGUUAUAUUGCAUUUCCUAUUUAGAACAGCAUCAUAAAUGCAUUUAUUCCUGUACUUAUUCUAGUAUUUUGCCCUCGAAUGGUUUGAUGUUAUGCAAGUACCUCAUAUGAACAUCUUCUAUGUUGUAUAUUUUAAUAGUAUUAAAAAACUGAAAAAGGUCAAUGAAUU